UUAAGCACCUUCAACCUAAAACCCUUCAUCCCCAAAACCCUAAACCCUCACUCUUUCUCCUCUCAAAGCAAAUGGCUUUCACUUCCAUCCUUCGCAGAUCGGCCUCAUCUCUCGCCCCACUAGCCACCCGGCUCGUCCGCGGCCAACGGAACUACCACGCCGCCGUCAUCACCGCCAUAAACCACUCCAGCUUCGCCGGCCGGAGGCCCUCCUCUCUGAGCCCUCUGGUCCCAAGCCCUCGCUACUAUUCCAAGGCCGACGACAGCCUUCUCCGAGUCAUCGACGCCGAGAUUCAGUGCGCCGAGGAGACCGAUGAUCAGGAGAUUGAAGAGGUUCCGAGUGGUUUCUCUUUUAAGAUAGAAGAUGAGCCUGGAUUUCAGACUGUGAAACUGAGGAGAACUUAUCAAGAUGAAGAGAUUGAAGUGGAAGUUCACAUGCCUGAUCUAGUUACUGGCGAAGGUGAGGAUGAUGAUGUGGAUGAUGAUGGUAACGAACACGCCAAUCAAUCGAGCAUCCCAUUGGUCGUGAGCGUCUCCAAGGGUAGUGGCGCGCCUAUUCUAGAGUUUAGCUGCAAUGCUUUCCCUGAUGAGAUUGCAAUUGAGAGCUUGGUUGUUAAGAAUCCCAAUACUUCUGAGGAUCAAAUCCCCUACGAGGGGCCUGACUUCCAUGAUUUGGAUGAGAAUCUCCAGAAGUCCUUCCACAAGUACUUGGAGAUUAGGGGAAUCAAGCCCAGCACAACCAAUUUCUUGCAUGAGUACAUGAUCAAUAAAGACAGCAGGGAAUAUAAGAACUGGUUGAAGAAACUUAAGCAGUUCGUUCAAGAUUAAGUGCCUCUUAGGAUAUCUUUUUUGCCCAGAAGAGAUCCGAAGUUAUAUUUGAGUCUGUGGAACUUCUAUGGCAUUUAGCAUCAAAUCUUAUAAUUUCGGAAGAAGACAAUUGUGUAGUUCAUUGAAACUCAAGGAUGUGGUUUACGUUGACACAAUUAUGUAGUUCAUUGAAACUAUGUGGUUUAUGUUGACACUAUUAUAUGCUUUUGAUAUGACAA